AUGACCGGACAACGAAUCUUCAUGACUGGCGCCUCCGGCUACAUUGGCAGUGUAGUUGCGCAACAAGCCAUCCAGCAAGGCUACAAUGUCUGCGCCCUAUCACGGACCGAAAGAAGCGACGAAAAGAUUCGAAACCUAGGCGCCACCCCAGUACGCGGCGGCUUACAAUCCUACGCUGUUUUGCUGGAGCAGAGUGCCCAGGCCGAUAUCGUUUUCCAUCUAGCAGACGCAUGGGCAGGCAAUUUCGGCAAAAUGGAAUACGACGAAGUUGUGCGCAUCGACGUAGGUGCUGUGGAUGCCAUAGGCGAGGGCCUGAAGGGGACAUCAAAACCCCUAGUGAUCACGUCAGGAACCCUGGUGGUUGCUGCGCAUCCCGAUGGUCUGGAAACAGACGAGGAGUCAGCAAUUUCGGAGAAGCCGUUAAAUGAUCGCAUCAAGUCCGAGCAGCACGCGCUGGGACUCUGUAGCCAGGGUAUCAAUGUCAGCGCCAUUCGGCUGCCGCCGUGGGUCUACGGCCACGGAGGCAGUGGGGUUCGUCUCUUUAUGGCCAUGUUCACAGACAUGAAGGAGGUAUUCUACGUCGACCAGGGGUCAGCGCCUACCUCGGUGGUGCAUGUCGAUGACGCCGCCCAGUUGUACUUGCUGGCGGCAAAGAAAGCCCAGCCUGGGGAUAUAUUCAACGCAGUAUCCUCCAACACCGUGACGGCCCGGGAACUGGCUACAGCCAUUGCUCAUACUGCCUGUCUGCCGCUGCAACCGCUUUCAUUUGAUGAAGCCACCAGCCGGGUGGGAGAGUUCAUGGCGAGCUUCCUCAGUGUGGAGAAUCGCGCGUCGGGCAAGAAAGCAAGGGAAACGCUCGGAUGGGAACCACGGGGGCCGACUGUUAUGAAUGACAUCAAAAACGGAUCAUACUCAAAGCGAUAG